AUGCCUUACAAAUAUAAAGAAUGUAGAAAAGAUUUUAUCAGUGACUCAUCCUCAAACCAACAUCAGCAGGCUGGUAAAGCAGAUAAGCCCUACAGAUGUAAAGAAUGUGGCAAAGAUUUUAAAUAUCAUUCAGUCUUAAGUAUACACCAAGUGGUUCAUACUGGAGCAAAACCAUACAAAUGUGAAGAAUGUGGCAAAAGCUUCAAAACUGAUGGGAACCUUAGACAACACCAUCUAAUUCAUACAGGAGAGAGACCGUACAAAUGUGACGAGUGUGGCAAAGGCUUCAGUAGGCCCAUAAAACUUAAAGAACAUCACUUCAUUCACACUGGAGAGAGACCAUACAAAUGCCAGGAAUGUGACAAAGCUUUCAGGAGUAAUACAAAACUUAAUCAACAUCGUAUACUUCAUACAGUAAAUAACCCAUACAAAUGUGAAGAGUGUGGCAAAACUUUCAGGAGUAACACAAACUUUAACCAGCAUCGUUUAAUUCAUACAGGGGAGAAACCAUACAAAUGUAAAGUAUGUGGCAAAGCUUUCAGAUCUCGUCCAAACCUUAUUACACAUGAAAAAAUUCAUACUGGACCAAAACCAUACAAAUGCAAUGAAUGUGACAAUGCCUUUAAGUGUUCUGUACACUUGAUUCAACAUUUGAAAAUUCACUGGGAAGGACUUCCCUAUAGAUGCAACCAGUGUGGCAAACGCUUUAAGUAUUACUCACGCCUUAAUGAUCAUCAGAUUAUUCAUACUGGAGAGACACCCUAUAUAUGUAAUGAAUGUGGCAAAGACUUUCGUCGUUCUUCAUGUCUUAAUAAACAUCAGAUGCUUCAUACUAGAGAGACACCCUAUAGAUAUGAGGAAUGUGGCAAAGCCUGUUACUGUUCUUCCCAUCUUAAACGACAUCAGAAGAUCCAUGUUGAGGGACGCUACCAUUGUCAAGCAUGUGACAAAGCCUUUAAUAAUCGGUCAACCCUUCUUGUACACCAGAAAACUCAUACUGAAGCAAAACCCUAUAGCUGUCUGGAGUGUGGCAAAGCAUAUUUCUGUUCUUCUCAGCUUAAACGUCAUCAGAAAAUUCAUACUGGAAAGAUACCCCAUGCUUGUAAAGAGUGGCAAAUUCUUUAA